CCUAAUUCUAAUAAUAAGAGAAUUAGGUUAAAAGUACAUAUCCAAAGAUCAUAAUUGUAUUUUAUAUGCAAUUUUAACGUGAUAAAGAGGAAGCCUGAUAUUUAUCAUCAUAGAAGGCUGACGUGCGACUCCACAGUUGUUUAAAGGCACACGAUGGCAUAAUCGGAGUCCCCAAUAACCCACCCCCUUGCCUUUCCAUUCCAUUCCAUUCCUACUCCUGUCUCUGCUAGAUUGCAUCUCUCUUUCUCUCUCUAAACUAUACAACCGGCGGACUGUGAUAACAAGAUGGCGCCGCCGGCUGCGGUGGAGGGCGGUGACGCUGGUGGUGGAGGAGGACAACCACAGCAACAGCAGGGUUUUGGCCAGAUGUUUACCGGAAUCAUAAGGGUAGCUGUCAUAUAUUACUUCGCAUCCAAGUUUUUCUCUCCCGGUGGUAAACCCUCGUCUUCUGGCUCCGAACCUGCUCUUCAGAUCUCCAAUCUAUUCCACAAGGCUGAACUUUUGGAUAUGUGGUUCUAUGUCUCUGAACAUGAGAAGUUCAAUGAUUUUGGGAAUGAAGAUGCACUUAUAUGGCAUGAAUCAAACAUACCUUACGCAGUAUGGGGUCCAGAAAGCACCAGGACUCUUUCCUUAAAGUAUUAUCCAUCAGAGGCUUUGAAGCAUAAUGGGAGUCUAUAUUCUCACGUGUUCUUUGCACGUUCAGGGUAUCCAGCGGACCCCAAUGACCCUGAGUAUCAGCCUUUAGCUGCCUUUGGGCUGACUCAUCCUAUUGUGGCAUACUUACCGAAGUCAAAAGCAAACAAAAAGAAGAGCUUAUUGGGGAACUCUAAAGGCACAAGUGGUGAUGAUGAAGCAGUGUCUGAGGGUGUUGAAGAACCUCAAGGUGAUUUAAAGGAUGAAGGUCCUGUGGAAUAUAUCUCAUAUUGGAAACCAAAUAUCACUAUUAACUUAGUUGAUGAUUUUACAAAGUAUUCACAGCGUGCUAUUCCACCUAAUGUUGCUCCUCACAUGAAAUUUGAACCUACAACAGGGAACUAUUAUCCAACAGUAUUCUUCAAUGAAUUCUGGUUACUUAGAGAUAAGCUUAUAGCCCUCAAUGAUACAGUGACCGAAUUGCCCCUUCAUCUAGAGGUGGCACCAAUAAGCAUGACCAAAUGGCAGCUUUUCCUGCAGAUUGAUCAGUCAUUCCAGAUUCAUCGCAGUUAUGGAAGUAUGCUUGAAGGAGAAGCCGACGAACUUAAGAGAGUGUUUGUAGAAGGAAACCCCUAUCUUCUGGGAAUCACCAUGGUUGUUUCACUGCUUCAUUCAGUCUUUGACUUUUUGGCAUUCAAAAACGACAUACAGUUCUGGAACAAAAACAAAUCCAUGGAAGGACUUUCUGCAAAAUCAGUUGUUGUGAGUUUCUUUUGUCAGCUAGUUGUCUUCCUUUACCUCCUGGACAACGACACCUCAUGGAUGAUUCUAGCAAGUUCUGGAGUCGGUUGCUGCAUUGAGUUUUGGAAAAUAGGAAAAGCAAUGCACAUUGAGAUUGAUAGAAGUGGGACCAUACCUAAAUUGAAAUUCAGUGAUCGUGACACGUAUGCUGGAAACAAGACAAAAGAAUACGAUGAUCUUGCAAUGAAGUAUUUGUCUUAUGUACUUUUUGUACUUGUUGCCUGUUCUUCUGUUUAUUCACUCAUGUAUGAAACCCAUAAGAGCUGGUAUUCAUGGAUUCUCUCUUCCCUUACAAGCUGCGUAUACAUGUUUGGUUUCAUUAUGAUGUGUCCACAGCUGUUCAUCAAUUAUAAGCUGAAAUCAGUUGCUCAUAUGCCAUGGAGGCAGAUGACAUACAAGUUUUUGAAUACGAUUAUUGAUGAUCUGUUUGCAUUUGUCAUCAAAAUGCCAAUUCUACAUCGACUUUCUGUCUUCCGUGAUGAUGUGAUAUUUUUGAUAUAUUUGUAUCAAAGAUGGGCUUAUCCAGUAGACAAAAAGAGAGUGAACGAAUUUGGAUUUGGUGGAGAGGAUGAGGAUGAAUCCACGGUAGCUUUGGCAUCAACUAGUAAUGCGGAAGACAAGAAAACGAAUUAAGACCCAAUCUGACCUAAAUUAAUAAUACUCCUAUCAAGUUUUGAGAAGACAAAAAAAAAAAAACAUAGUUUUAAGAUUUAUUUAUUUUUGUUUGAUUGU